AUGGCCUCACAUAGCUCACAAGGACAAUCACCACGCGACGCCAAAAUCAUUGCAUUAAUGCUUUCUUCUGCGGGUGUGGAUGAAUAUGAGCCAAAGGUAGUUCAGCAACUGCUAGAAUUUGCACAUACGUCGAUAGGAUAUUCUGUAGACGUGCUGCAAGACGCAUUAAUAUAUUCAGAACACGCUGGUAGAAUAAAUGACCUUGAUUUAGAUGAUGUAAAAUUAGCGAUUCAAGGACGCGUCAACCAUUCGUUCACUUCACCACCUUCAAAAGAGUUUUUGGUUGAAUUGGCCAGAGAAGUAAAUAAAGAGAGGUUACCGAAUAUUCCAGAAAAAUAUGGAUUGCGAUUACCACCAGAACAUUAUUGCAUGACAGCUGUCAAUUUUCAAUUAAUACCUGAGGAUCAAGCAGCAAUAGAAAGAAGUUUCAAACAAGAAGAUGAUGACUACGAUGAAGAUGAUGGAGUCAGAAAUAAUAAUAAUAUCAACGACGAUGGAAUAGAUGAAGACGAUAACAAUGAAGACAAUGUUAUUCUAAAAUUUGAUCUUCCAUCAUCUUCCUUUUCAUCAUUCGCACAACAAUCACCAACGACUUUGCCAUUACAAAAUCUAUCUAAUAAUGAUGAAUUAUUCUCGCAAGUCAAUGAAGAUUACGAGAUGCAAGAAUCAACUACACAAAGUACUGUCACGAGUCCUGCAACUGAAGGAUAUAAACGGCCACGGAACGAGGAGGACGAUAAUUACGAUUUUUAA